GUCCAGUCCAAUCCAGCAUCCAUUUUCACAGAGGGCGCCCGCGAGAACGAGGAUGUAGAUGGCUCGCAGGACACACAUACACGCCUGUCCUAUAUUGCCUACUCACUCUCGUUCUGUGCCGGUAAGCUAGAUAGAGCCUAGGUCGCAUGGAAAUCAUCUCGAGAACUUUGUCCCCAAAUCAAAGUGGUAAUUGAGAUUGGCUCGAGAUUGGGUGGUUGAGUCUGGUGGUCCCCAGCAGAUCCAUCCAUAAGAAGAACAGAGGGCCGUAAACACAUAAGGUCUACCUUCUCUCUCUCAUUUCAGUCUUCUCUUCUCUGCUCUUGUCAUUUCACUCUUUUCUCCCCUCAAUUCACUUCUUCGCCUCUGCUUCACCAUUUUGUUCUUUGGCAAAAAUAAAUAAAAAAUAACACCAAAUUUCAAUCCUUUAAAUCUUUGACUCUCGCCCCCCAUCGCGAAAAGGAUCUCGACAAUCGUUCUCCAUUGGGAAUUCUGACCUUUCCGAUCGUUAUCUAGUGCUUGGCACACAGGAAAACGCGUACACUGCACAACCCUUAUUGCUACCCUUACCUACGUUGUGAUCUUUCACGUUAAACAUCUCCAACGAAUUUGAGGAAUCAUUUUACCAAUUCUUCAACAAUACAACUCACAAUCAUGGCUGAAGAAAAGGUUCGAAUUUCCGGAGAGAUCUCCAGGUCGGCAGAUGCUCCUGUCCUUCCAACCGUCAAUCCUGCCGCCGAGAAAUCAGAGCCUCCAAAGGCUGCUGUGCACCCAGCAUUUUAUGUUAUGACAUGGAUUUUCUUCAGUUCCAGUGUUAUUCUGUUCAACAAAUGGAUCUUGUCGACGGUCGGAUUUCAUUUCCCAAUCUUCCUCACAUCGUGGCAUCUUGGAUUUGCGACAUUGAUGACGCAAAUUCUCGCCCGCACGACGAAGCUUCUCGAUGGACGAAAGACGGUUAAGAUGACGGGUCGUGUAUACUUGAGAGCUAUCGUGCCCAUUGGAAUUUUCUUCAGUUUGAGUUUGAUCUGCGGAAACUUGACAUAUCUCUACCUCAGUGUUUCUUUCAUUCAGAUGCUCAAGGCUACCACUCCUGUCGCAGUCUUGCUCACCAGUUGGGCCCUUGGAGUUGCCGAACCAAACAUGAAAACCCUCUUCAACGUCUCCUUCAUUGUUAUCGGUGUUGUGAUCGCAUCCAUUGGAGAAAUUGACUUUGUUGUCAUUGGUGUUCUGUUCCAAAUUGGAGGUAUCGUCUUCGAGGCUAUUCGAAUUGUCAUGGUCCAAAGACUUCUCAGCUCUGCCGAGUUCAAGAUGGACCCAUUGGUAUCCCUCUACUAUUUCGCUCCAGUUUGUGCCAUCAUGAACUUCUGCGUCGCACUUUUCUGGGAAAUUCCAACCAUGACCAUGGGCGAUUUCUACAAUGUUGGAUUCUGGACCCUUUUGGCCAAUGCCAUGUGCGCAUUCAUGUUGAACGUUUCUGUCGUAUUCUUGAUUGGCAAAACCUCGGUUCUCAUUUUCACUCUCUGCGGUGUUUUGAAAGAUAUUCUCCUCGUCUGCCUUUCCAUCAUCAUCUGGGGAACAUUCAUCACCCCACUUCAAUGCUUCGGAUAUGCGAUUGCUCUCGGUGGAAUGGUUUGGUUCAAGCUUGGCGCUGAAAAGAUCAAGGGUUAUCUUGCAGAAGGUGGACGCCAAUGGGCAGAUUUAGGCUCUCGCCGACCAGUCCUCCGCAAAGUUAUCGUCUUUGGUCUUAUAAUUACCACCAUCUUCACUCUCCUCGGUGGAUUCGCACCCUCAUACGAUAUCCACGCGAGCGAAUAUAUCAACGCCGCUAAAAACGCGGUUGGAAGCUCAUAAAGUGUUACUUUGUUGAAUAUCUUGCCGAAGCAUAUUUCUUUCCGCUUCGGUAAUGAAUAAGAAAAGCUUGGUGUUUAUCAUUCUAUUGUAAUCCAUAUACCAUACGAUAUGGUUCAAUGGGUUGGAUCAAUUGAACCACGAGAUGUCUUUCAAAAGUACACACUGCACGCCCCUGCAUAUUGUGCUCUUAUGCCAAUUUACAAGUAGCUUAGUUAGCUCGGUCUGGCACUGGCGUUAUUAUUUCCUUUGCAAUACUUGAUGAGAUUUUUCUUUUGAAAUUUCUUUUGCAGAAGCGGGCAUGAUGUUUGAAAAUACCAGGUUUGGCAUGAAAGAUAGUAUCCUUGAUAGACGAACGAAUGUUAUAGGAUGGGAUGGGAUGGGACGGGGUGGUGUAUGGAUAUGCAUGUAUUUAUGUAUAAAAUGGCGAAGGUGUAAGAAUUUCUACGUCGAUUGUGUGAAUAGAGAAUAUCAUAGAAUUAAAGUUAUAUACAUAUUUUUUUUUUGGCUAUAUGAAUUCCCCUUGCUAGUUUAUUGAACUUGAUGUUUUUUGUGGGUGAGUAGUUGGGGUUUGUAGAUUUGUGAUGGAUAGAUAGUAGGCAAAUGUGGUAUGUGAGUGUAUAUAUGUAUAUAUUUAAAUAAAUUGUGUGAUUCGAAAGUAUAAAGGAAGAAUAAGGAUUUCUUUAUCGGAAAUAGUGUCGGCUAUAUGUGAGUGAAGUAGGAAGUCUUAAGAUGAUAUAAUGGGUUUAGAUA